CUUCGGCCUCCAAACUUGGCAGCCAGGCUGUGCGCGAGUGCUGUGCACCGAACAAGCGCGGCAUUGCUAGGAAUUGAUCUGCGACGCGCACCCGUCACGCCGUCGACGCGUCGCGAGCAAUAGGGGCGAGUACGCAUAGCUUGGCGCACAGCCAGUGCGCAGCCGCAGCGGCGGCAGCGUUACCAUGCCCGUCCAGGAAAUCAAAUUGAAAGCGGCCUCGGACGCGCCGAGCAAGUCCGGCUUGGAGAAUGUCCCGCCCGACCAGCUCGAGCGCGCGAUGAAGGCCGCGAUGGCGCGGUCCGACGGCGACCUCGACCUCACGGAGGAAGAGCAGAACAAGUUCACGAAGGCCUUUCAAGAUAAAGAAUUUCGCAAGAUGAUGGCCGAGUACGUCGACGAGAUCAGCGACCCGAAGCACCGCGCGGAGCAGGACGCGUACAUCCGAGAGAUGGAGGCGAAGGGAGGUACGAUCUCGGCGUCCCGCGGUUUUGCGGCGCCUUCACGCCAUCGACGCGACUCGUCUCCAGGAGACGAAGUCGUGGCUGGUUUCUUUUUGGAUUUUGAGGCCGUUCGGACCGCGUCGAGCGACCGCGACGCCCCACGCAGAAACGCCGAAGGACAAGCGCGUCAUCCAUCCGAGUGCGGGUUUCGUCGUCAAGACGAAGAAGGAGGACGGUGCUAAAUUAUUUAUCAAUGUGGUUAGUUCGGUGGAGGUCGAGCAGCCGACCUCUACUAAUGUUAAUGGUGGCCAACAGUGGCAGCUGCCCCACUUGCUGGGGCCGCCGCGCAUGGAGCGGGACAAGAAAGAUAACAGUGUCGGGGCGUUUGAUUGCUGCUUCCACCCGCUUGCUUUACAACAUGCGGAGAGUGCGAGGCCGUUCCGGGACUUACUCGUAAGUACGGCCAUCGACGCGGUGGAGCAGUCCUACGAGAAUCAAAACCAACCGACGAAGCUGUCGCGGACGUACCACGUCCUGCUGGGCGUGAAAUAUAAAACGGGGCCGCCCCAGGCGCUCAUGGUCGCGUCGGACUUUAAUGGGAAACCACCGCCCGCGAACAAGAAGAAGAACAAGAAGAAGAAGAAGAAGAAGCCGGAAGGCCCGUCCUUCGCCGACAACAUCCGCGGGAGCCUCAAGUCGCAGCCGAAGCCCGAGCCCGAGAAGCCCCUCGACGACCAGCGCGCGAGGGCUCGGAAGCUCCUCGAGAAGGCGAACAGGAAGCCAUCUUCGAACGCGGCGGCGACGCCCAGACCUGUGAACCCGCUCGACGCUCCGACCUCAAUAAAAGAAAGAGGCGCGUUCGACCUGCAAAAUUUCAGAAUCGGCGCCGGUUCCGAAGCGGACCGGCGGCCGAAAGAAUUAGUUGUCGAGGUAUCAUUGGAGAAGUGCGCCACGGCCAAGGGUUUAGAUCUCGAGUUAGCUCAGGCGUCCUUCAAGCUGAAGAUGGUCCUCGACGGUACGGUACUCUAUGACGUCAAGCGGACAUUGCCCUAUCCUGUUGAUGGUAACAAGGGUAGUGCGAAGUUCGACCGGAAGAGGAGGACCUUGACGGUUGUGGCUCCGGUCUUACCUCGAAGUGCCGAGGAGGAAGAAAAAGACCGACAGAUGCGACAGACACAACCGGAAAGUGUCGUCAAGGUCAUGGGCGGGUCGGAGCCGGAGGUCAUCCGCGAGCACACCACUGCGUUUGGUCAACGUAGAAGGGAGCGCGUCGUGGAGCCGCGCGAGACGCUCGAACAGAAAGAUCAGAGAUUGGCGAAGGCGCCACCUCGACAAAAGAAGGCCGACGACCACGCCCGCUUCCUCGAGAAGCGGGCAAAACCCUCUCGUGUGACGCCUAGACCGCCGUCGAACGACAAAUCAAAAGAGAAGACCUGGAGCGAGUCUGAGAGCGACGAGGACGACGACGACGAUUUGGUGCCGUCGAUCAACGCUUCUAUUGCGGAGGACAAUGUUGAAAGAGCUCGGAAGGCUGCUGCUGGGUUCAGGGCGGCGCCCGACGUCGUGGAUGAGAAUUUCGCCGCGUCGAAAACGUACACUGGUACUCGAAAAGGCUUCGUGUUUAAGAAGGGCGCGAAGGGCCUCGGCUAUUAUCGAGACGCUGUAUCGGUGGCCUUUCUACCUACGAUCGAAGCUAGACAACGAUCGACGACGGCCACUGUUAUUGUGGACGUGGCCGGCGUCUCCAAUGUAGAUGUGACGGUGGACGGUACGGAAGCACGGGUGUCCUUGGAUGGCAAGACCUUCGGACUGAGGCUAGGUGGCCAAGUACAAGGCGAGUGCCGGGCCGACGCGGCGGACGCGAACGUGGUGCUCGUCUUCACGAAGAGUGGUGACGAGACGUGGCCGACCGUCGCGGAGGCGUUCUCCCUCGACGAUGCGGUCGUGGACACCGAGGCGCCGACGGACGAGGAGCCGGACGACGAGGUCGCGCCGCCUUCUCUUAUUCAAAGGGACGCCGCGCCGCCGCCGCCGCCGCCGGCGGCGGCUCAAACGUUCGCCGCGCCGGAGUUCCAGAACACGCUGCUGUACAACAUCGACUGAUUGGUUGUUGGGGGGAAUUUUUGAGUAACGGUUUGACUAUUU